AUGGUUCGGACACCGUCAUACGCAGCGGCUUUUGUCGCGGCCGCAUCCUUGCGCGCGGCAGCUGGCGCAGAAAUCGACAUGACCCAUGUCGCGUCGUCCGAGGAGUACCUGUCGGGCAAGGUUCACGCCCAGAGCAUGGCAGCCAAAACCGCACAAUGGAACUCUGAGCUCGCUGCAGGCCUGUUGGACAGUGCUCAGUACCCUGAGCUGAGUUAUACGCCUUGCGUCGAUGGUCUUGCCACGGCCAUCCCGGGAGAUGCGAACAACACCUUUCAGUGCAACAAUAUCGACCUGUACCAUUUCCUUUCCCAUGCAGACCUCGGAAGCACUCAGGGGUUUGGGUCCUCCUCGUGGGGAUGGACAUCCGAGGACGGGCGCGAGUUCGUCGCCAUCGGUCAGUACGACGGGACAGCCUUCGCGGAGAUCACCUCCGAGGGCAAGUUGGUCUACCUCGGCAGGCUCCCCCAAUACGACUCCAUCGGCUCGAGGUGGCGAGAGAUCAGGACCCUUGGCGACCUGAUCAUCAUUGGCUCCGAGGCUAUCAAGCACGGCGUGCAGAUCUUCGACAUGAAGAAGCUACUCGACCUGGACCCAGACAGCCCAACCGUCUUCACCCAAGAUGACCUCACUGGCCAUUUCAACAAGCUGCCUGUCGGUAGGACGCACAACAUCGUAGUGAACGAGGAGCUCGGCUAUGCCAUCGCUGCUGGGUCUGUUGGUGGCAACGAGACCGUGCGCAACCGGGACAACCUGCCUUGCCGGGGAGGGCUGAUCUUCAUCAAUAUGACUGAUCCCACUAAUCCCACCACUCCCGGGUGUGCUGCUGGAGAUGGUUAUGUGCAUGAUGCGCAAUGCCUUGUCUACCGUGGACCGGACACACGUUACCAGGGUCGUGAUAUCUGCUACGGCUACAACGAAGACACUAUCACCAUAUACGAUGUCACGAAUAAGAUUGGCAAUACCACCAAGCUGAUCUCUCGCACCUCUUACACCGGUGCGAAGUAUAUCCACCAAGGCGCCGUUCUCGAUAUAUCAAACCAGGAAUUCCUUGCGCUUGACGACGAGCUGGACGAGCGUGACGGAACGGAGGGCCCAGCAAGCAGCAAGCUUCCCAUCACCUACAUCUUUGACAUCCGGGAUCUCGAGUCACCCAAGUUGACGGGGUACUACGAAGGCAAGACCCGUUCCAUUGAUCACAACCAGUACAUCGUCGAUGGAUAUAACUACCAGUCCAACUACGGCGCAGGGCUCCGCGUGCUCGACAUCAGCUCGAUCCCAUCCGACCCGACCGGCGCUGGGGUAUGCGAGGCUGGAUUCUUUGACAUCCACCCCGAGGACGAUGGGGCUGAGGGAGGCGGAAUCGUCGCCUUCACUGGCACCUGGUCCUCGUACGCGUACUUCAAGUCUGGGUUCAUUUAUAUCAAUACCAUUGAGCGAGGCUCAUUCGUUGUCAAGAUGACGAGCAAGGCGUGUGCGGAGGCCUAG